AUGACGGGCGGCAGUACAGAAGUACACCACGACUUUCAAGCUCGACGACCUCACAGCCAUGUGCAGCGACUCGAACGAGCACGCAAAGCAGGUCGACCCGUAGAUGAGCAGCCGCAGGAGAUAUUCUUCGGCGUCGCAGCUACCAAAAGACCAAACGACAAGAUCGAAGUAGGCUUCUGCGCUCACGAUGGUACCUACAGCAUGGACUUUGCAGUGCACUGCAUUGAAGCCAAAGGCGAUGCCGCAAAGACCUUCUCCGACUAUGUAGUUAUGAGGGUUAGGAAUUACCAAGACGAGCACCAUUACAAAUACCUCGGCGCUGGUAUCUCCAAGGCUGCAGCAGAAAUCUCACCAGACUUGCCUGCUAGACUGUGGACCGAACUCGACAUUCCUACCUUGGAGUUUGAGAGAAGUGUUGUGGAGAGCGACCAUGUCAAGACUCCUGACGUGGAUGUUGAUGAGGAGGCUGAUGCCAUGGCUAGAAAGUGUGUUGGCAUGUAUGGCCCUCAGAAGCAACCUCUUCUCCAAGUUGGCUUCUUGAAUGAAGUUUCAGUCGAUGCUGCGGGUCAUGCCUUACUCUGCACACUGGAGCAAUAUCGCAAGACAGUGCGCAAGACCACAUGGGAUGCCACUAUGCACUACGCCGAACGCCUCAAGAAGAAAGGCAUCAGAAUGGCAUUCCUGAACGCAACUCCUCAGGGCGGAGGCGUCGCACUAAUGAGACAUGCCUUGGUCAGACUCGCCCGCCUCCUCGGCAUUGAAAUGAAGUGGUAUGUUCCAAGACCAAAGAACGAAGUCUUCCGUAUCACAAAGACAAAUCACAACAUCCUCCAAGGUGUUGCUGCGCCCAAUGAGCGCCUUACCUCCGAGCAAGCCGAAACAAUCAAGACAUGGAUUUACAGCACUGCCAAGCGCGACUGGCUGCGCAAAAAAGGUCCACUGGCUAAGAUCGAAGAUGGCGGUGCUCAUAUCCUUUUCGUCGAUGAUCCUCAAAUGCCGGAUAUUGUGCCUCUGGCAAAGGAAAUAGAACCCGGUCGUCCUGUGCUCUUCCGCUCUCAUAUUCAGGUGAGAUCUGACUUGGUGGAUGGCGAGCCCAAAAGUGCCACGGCAGAGGUCUUUGAUUGGCUGUAUUCCCGUGUCAAGGAAGCAGAUAUGUUUAUCGCUCACCCCGUCAGCGACUUUGUGCCAAAGGUUGUUGAAUCUAAGAAAGUGGCUUACUUGCCUGCCACUACCGACUGGCUUGAUGGCCUGAACAAGGAGCUCCGCAGAGAAGACUCCAUAUACUAUUUCCGCAACUACAACAUGCACUGCCAGCAGGCCAACCAACCACCCCUCGCCUUCCCCGACCGCGACUACAUCGUCCAAAUUGCACGUUUCGACCCUUCAAAAGGCAUCGACACCGUCAUACGCUCCUACGGUGAAUUACGCAGAAAGUACUUUGCAAACACCGACCCCUCCAAAACACCCCAACUCUGCAUUGCCGGCCACAGCAGUAUCGAUGAUCCCGAUGCCUCUGCCAUCUUCGACAAAACAAUGGACCUCAUCGAAUCUGAAUACUCGGAAUUUGCAGAUGACAUCUCAGUCAUGCGAUUGGGACCUAUCGAUCAAGAACUCAAUGUCUUGAUGAGCAACGCAAAGAUCUGCUUGCAGUUAUCCACCCGUGAAGGCUUCGAAGUCAAAGUCUCUGAAGCUUUGCAUAAAGGCGUUCCGGUAAUAGCCACACGCGCAGGAGGUAUCCCCCUCCAAGUCGAAGACGGCAAAUCCGGCUUUUUGGUGGACACAGGCGAUCAUGAGAAAGUUGCUGAGUACAUGCACAAACUACUCACUGAUCAAGAACUGUACAGCAAGAUGAGCAAGUAUGCAGCUUCCCAUGUCAGUGAUGAGGUCAGCACUGUGGGGAAUAUGCUGAGUUGGCUGUAUCUUGCGGACACCAUGGCUGGAGAGCAAGGAAAGAAGUUAGAGGUUAAUGGACGCUGGGUCAAUGAUCUGGCGAGAGAAGAAGCGGGAGUGCCGUAUCAGGAGGGUGAGCCUAGGUUGCCUAGACAUUACAAGACUCAGCGAUAUACAGAGGCAAUGCAGUAA